GAAAACAUGGGGCAGCCAGUCUUGCGUGCUCAGGCAGCCUGAGGAGAUAAAUAUACUGAAGUACAGCAGAUUCUUCACCUCUGAAGAGAGGAGAUUGCUGCAAAAAGAAAAGAUUUUGCUUAAUUUUAAGACUUAAAAGCUACAGGAAUUCAGCAGAUCCAUCACUAAUUUCUACCAUUUAAGACAAUUAAAGGAUGAAUACUGCAAUCCGGUGCAUCGUUCUCUUGGGCUGUAUGGUCGUUUGCACUUCUCAACCUGUGAUUAGGUGCCGAUGUUUAAAAACAAGCAGUAGGGUGAACCUCUCUCUCAUCACUGGUGUCACAGUGAUAAAUCCGAGUCCAUACUGCGACAAGACAGAAGUCAUUGUCCAACUGAAAGGCAAGAGAGAACGGUGCCUUGACCCCAAGGGAAAACUCACCCAAGCACUCCUGCAGUAUAUUCACAGGGCGAAGGCACGAGUUAAUAAGAUGAAUACCACUGUCCCAACACCAACCACAGUGCCGACCACAAUAGUACCAACAUCAUAAACACAUUUCUUGUGUUUGUCGUUGUUACAAUUAAAAUGAGGUAUCACCUCAUACAAAGAGAGAGCAGCACACAUUUCCAAACUGGUAUAGUAAGAUUUUAAAGCUACUUUCGCCAGCUUUCUACACAGUUAGCUAAAACUAAAAGCAAAGCUGAAAUGUUUAAUCCUCCAGCAGUUUUUAUUAUGGUAUAUAUGAAGAAGCUGCAUUUGUUUGUGUAAUUUGAAGGAUUUCUUUCUAUAACUACGUGUAUAUAUGUUUGUUUUUAUAAACUAACUCUCACCAUGCAAUGCUGUUGAUGAUGACCUGUAAAACUGCAAUAUAUCUGGUCUCUGUAAAAGAAAAAAAAAUGUAAUUAAAAACUGACAUCUUUGCAUUUAUUAUGAAUAAAUUACCUAGUUCAAAACA